UUUUUUUUUUUUUGUUGGUUUUUUGUUUUAUGAUUCUAUUUUGAAUGGGUUCUCUUCAGUUUAUGCUCUAAAAUUGAAAAAAGAUUUCAUGCUUCAUUUUGUUCUUAGUUCAGUUUCAUUUUUUUUUUUCUUUUUGGUAAAUAUGCUGCAUUUCAUAACCGACAAACAAAAGAACAAUGGGGAACACCCACUACAGAGAGAAUCUGUACAUAGAAAGGCCUACAACAAGCUACAAAACAUGAAACAACUAAUGGAAGCUAUUUGAGGUUAUCCCCUGCCAUUUCUAUGGUUCAGUUUGAAUUUGAGGUUAUUCCCUGCAAUUGAAGAAGAAUGCUUCACUUUCUGGUGGUUUCAUGUAUUUCUAAGAAAUUCUGAGUUCAUUUGCCUGUUUGAAUGCUUUGAUUUAGAAUACCAUGUUUCCAGUUGCGUGCUUGAUUUUUUUUUCUUGGAUCUCUACAAUAAAAAAGAAUCUAUCAACGUAGCUCGAAUGUUAACAGUGAAAUAAAUAACUAAUGCAGUAUCUCUUGUGCCAUUCGGGAAAGAAAUUAAAGGCUGAAGAGCUGCUUGUCAAUUUUUAUCAGCACUUUGAUGUCUUGGAUGAUCACUUCCCACUCCCGUGAUGGUACUAAUUUACAACCCGAAAGGGAAACUAGGUUUUUGAACAUGAGAAAUUUCAUUCAAUAGUCUCUCUACCUUGGUCAUAGCCUCUCUUAUCUUGGUCAUUUUCACAAUAGCCUCUUAGGCCUGAUACCUUGGUCACGGGGCAGGUCCUGAGAUUGAAAUUUGAAAAUACAUUUACCAUCAAGAUCAUUGACAAUGCAUUCAUGUUCUGUUUCAUUGUCGUUUAGUACUUUCUUCAGAACAAAUACUGAACUUGCUGCUAUCUUUGCUUUGUCAAAAUUCCACAUUAAUUCCUUCACCAUUGUUUUUUUUGUUUUUUGCAGUAUCAAUCUUACGUCUACUAUGGCCUCUACAGUGGUUCAGCGGAAGGAAGCUAUCUUCAAGCUAUUAAGUGAUGAACGUGUAAAGAAAAUUACUCUUACUGGGGAUUCUGGAGUGGGGAAAACUUGGACGGCUAAACUGGUAAGUGUGGAUGCAAAGAAAGAAGGUUUGUUUGAGAUCGUUCUCUGGGUAUUCCUCGAUAGCAAAUAUAACGAGGCUGCUGUUCGUGAGAGUAUUGCUCGUCAAUUAUCUCUGCUUCCCCUUGCUGAUGAGUGGGAUGGUGGGGAUGAUGUUAAGGAGGCAAAGAAGGUGAAAAAAAAUGAAAACAUACAAGAGAUGAUUGCCAAAUCUGUUGCGAGAAAAAGGCUUCUUCUAAUUUUGGAUUAUAAGGGAAAAAACAAAAUGGAUGUCGAACAGAAAACGUUGGAAUUGGAAAGCCCUCCAAUUGCGGAAGAGAUAGCAUCUGAAUCGGAAGACCUAAUUUUGGAUGACAAAGGAAUGAAAUUGAAUGAAGAACAGAUAUUAUCCAAUUUGGAAACCAUGCUGAAUCUCGAUAGCCAAAGCUCAUACAAGGUUAUAAUCACCAGGGUGAAUGCUUCCACGGGAACAGAAGGAGUUAUACGGGUGGAGCCUUUGUUGGAAAAAGAGUCACUGUUCUUAUUGGAAAAAAGGGUUGGGGGAGGAGUUCAUCAUGUUCCAGCCAUCAAGUCAUUAGGUGAAGCCUUCAUUCAAAAGACAAAACAUAUGCCUGGUUCAAUUAUCUUGAUGGCUAAAACCUUUAGUUAUUUUAUUCAACAUGGCUGUGGGGUUGGGAUGCUUAAGAGGGCUUUGGAAGAAGCAUCUACUGAGGAAUGCUAUAAUCUAAACCAGCUUCUAUGCAAUGGGUAUGAUCUUGUGUUGCCUAGGAGCAUCAUAAUUGACUACUGUCGACAACAAAGUCACUUCUUUCUGGGCCACGGAAAAAGCAUCUAUUACAAUGAGUUGAUAGCGUAUUGGAUUUUGGAAGGAUAUCUCGGACACGUCGACUGUCUUGAGAAGGCAUAUGAGAAGGGUCAUUCUAUUCUCAUUGAGCUUGUGGAUUGUCAGGUGCUCAGAAACUUGGAGGGUGGCUUUGUUACAGUGGGCAGUGGAACUAACCGUUUGGAAGACUUAGAUCGUUACGGAUUUGGGGGGAGAGCAAGUCUUGGGUUGGCUGAUCUGUUUACAGUUGGUGACUGGGAAGGAUUCGGUAGACUCACGUAUAUAGAUGGAAUGGUGAAAUCAAUUUGCAAAGGCAUAAAGGGGCUGAAAUUAUCAACACUUUUCCUUGCUGGUUGCCAUUGUUGGGAAAUCCUGGAUUGUUUCUACCCGUCAAAGCAGGAACUAAGAGAAGAACUUCAAGUUCUUGCCAUUUUCAACCCGACCUUCGAAUCACUGCCCCAACUCUUGAAUGACUUGCACGAGCUUGUUGUGCUUGUGCUCAGAAGUUGUGAUUUUUUGGUGAAGAUCGACAACAAGUUUGAUUUCAAAAAUUUGACUGUUCUUGAGAUAUCCAAUGCUAGCUCUUUGAAGAAAAUUCCAAAUGAUUUUUUCGAUCUUAUGCCCAAACUUGAAAGCCUGCAUUUAUCCGAACUUAAGCUCAAUCCUCUACCUUUGUCUAUUUACAAUCUUACAGAAUUACGUUGGCUCAUACUCAGAGGGUGUUCUUGCUUUCAAACCCUAAACAGUCUGAAAAAUUUUAAAAAGCUUUUGGUACUCGAUGUUUCUGGCGCUACAGCUUUGACAAAAUUUGAAGACAAAGCCUUUAACCACACUCCACUUCUUCAAACGCUUAAUCUUUCGCUUACCUCUAUUACAUUGGUACCAAAAUUUUCCGAUCUUAAAGAGCUUACUCAUUUCUCACUAAGUGGCUGUAAACACUUGGGAAGAUUUCGUAGAACUCACUCACUUCCUAGUCUCCAAGUUCUCGAUCUUUCAGGAGCUAUAAAUUUUAAAGAAUUCCAUGAGCUGUCACCAGGACUUCCUACAAGCAUUAAAAUUCUAGAUCUAUCUGAGACUCGUUUACAGGAUCUUCCUUCUUCGAUGAAUCCUCGUCAUCUCUUUCUAAAACGUUGCUCUGAGAUACAAAAAUUGACAUGCACUGAAACACUUCAAAACCUCGAGGUAUUUGAUCUUUCAGGUACCACAAGUCUGGUUGAAAUUGAAGACAAAUUCUUUAGCAAACUGGAUUCUCUUCAAAUUCUCAACCUUUCGGAAACUAGCAUACAAAGUCUUCCAUCCCUUUCCAAUGUUUCUGACCUCCAUCAGCUAUUUUUAUCAGGCUGCAAAUCUUUGACAGAAAUCAAAGAUGAGUCCUUUGAGCACAUGUCUUGCCUUGAGCAUCUUGACCUCUCUGAGACUCGUAUCAAAUUCCUGCCUUCCCUUUUAAAUCUUGGCAACCUCUCAAUGCUCUCACUUAAAGGAUGUACUCAGUUGGAAAAAAUUCCAGCACUAGAAACAUUGUCAAAUCUUGAGGAGCUAAAUUUGUGUGGUAUUAACUGUUUGAAGGAAAUGGGAGCUGGAUUUUUGUUGCAAAUGAGCCAACUUCGGAUUCUUGACCUCUCUGAAACCCAGGUUGUAGAGUUACCGUCCAUGUCAAACCUCAAAAGCCUUCGUCAACUAUAUCUAAGGGGUUGUCAGGGCUUACAAAAGGUGCCGAAUUUGGAAGAGUUGACGACGCUCGAGGUUCUGGAUCUUUCUGGAACAGCGAUCACUUGUCUACCGCGGAUGGAUAGUUUUACCAACCUCAGGAAACUCCUCCUUACGGGAUGCCCAAAUUUGGAAGAGUUUUUGCAAAUGGAGAUGCUUGAUCUGUUGGGGGCUAAAGUUGAUCAGCUUCCCUACGGAAUCUCAAACUUGACUAAUCUUGAAUUCCUCGAUAUUCCAAACAUGAAAAAUACUCAAGCUGCAGGCAGAAACACAGAUUUGCCCCAAGAAGGGCUCGAACCUUAUCAGUGGGGCAUCUCCAGUUUUGAAAAUCCUUCCACAUCUGUAUCCAGUAAGCUAUUCGUACAAUUCCUGGAGAAAAAUCCCUCUAUAUCGGAGACAAGCUUCACACGAUUCCAUUUAUGUGUAUGUCCUACCGAGGGGGAAAAGGAGAGCAGAAGUACGUAUUUUUAUAGCAAAGAAUGUGUUUUAAGAGAUAUUCGCUUCCAGGCUGCAGAAUUUUGUCAUUUUAAAGAGCAACGAUCACUGGAGAUCCGUGGAUUCGACCUUUUCCCCAAGGGCAUUGAGGAUGUGCUCUCCAUUGUUGACUGCAUAUUUUUUGUUAAUAGCACUUUCGUCAAGUGUUUGUCCGAUAUUGGUGUUUCUAGUCUCAAGGCAAUGACAGGCUGUUGGAUAGAGGGAUGCACGGAAAUGGUGGGUGUUUUUGACACAGGAAAGGAAGACGAUAUUGCUGAACUGGGGACUAAAUUACAGUUUCUCGGGGUUUCAAAUGCUAUUAAUUUACAAACGACACAUGGUGGUCGGGCUUUUCAGAACCUUACUUGUCUAUAUCUUGAUUGUUGUCCAAAGCUUUCGACUCUUUUUUCUUCAUCCCAGCUGCCAGAAAACCUAAGAGUUCUUCAUGUCAGAUUUUGCGAUAAAUUGGUGAGCAUAUUUGAUAUUGAAGAAAAAUCGCCAGAGCCUGAAUUACGAAACUUGGAGAAGCUGUAUCUGUGGGAGCUGCCAGAGUUCAAGAGGAUAGAAUGCGGAUUACCAUCCCUACAAACUCUAACAGUAUGGGAGUGCCCAAAACUGCAGAAGUUGGAAGACACGAUAAGAUUUGCAGAAAGCUUGCAGACCUUGUGCAUUUCAAAUGUCGUUGAUUUGAAGAGCAUUAACACUGGAAGCGAGCAUCUUGAUACUUUGAUUCUCGAGAGUUGCCCAAAGCUUAAAAGUGUUCUAUCUUCGAACCAGCGGCCACAAAGUCUCAAAACUCUCAAAAUCAGAUCAUGCAACGAAUUGAAGACUGUGUUUGGCGAUAGCAGAUGAACAAAAAGGCAAAUUAUGAGAUGCUGAACAAUGAGCCACCUUUUGCCGAUCAAAAAAAAAACUAGCCAUCUUUUACUUCAGCAUAUAACAUUCUCGGCGCUGUGGUGCAUGGAACAUAUGAGGUUCGUUGCAGCUAUCUUCAAUGGUAUGCACGCGUUUGCGCUUAUGCAGAAUCGGGCAGACUGCAGAUGACAGCGAUGGCAGUCCUCCAAAAGUGUUAAUUUCAUAAAUCUGGACCAUUAGUUAUUGAUAGUCGAGAUGCGACUACUUCAGAGUUUGGGCAGUCACUACAAACCCAGUCCGCAAAGAAGUUGAGUCCUUUUCAAGUACGGGCCUUGUGCUAUUUUGUUAAUUUUGACCUAUAAUGGGCAGGGUCGAAUCGAUGAGGUACAUGAGGAACUCCUACCCCCUAUCCUGUAUAUGUGUGUGGCCCAUUAAAACACAAGUUUUGGACACCAGGAAAGAGGGUGCUUUCUUCUCUCGCUUAAGAACCGAUCAGUUGAUUGUUCCGAGAUUCUGCAUUUUAAUUUCCUCAUCGAUCGGAUAGAUUGUUAGAUUGUGCAGGAGCAAACUUGCUAUUUCACUAUGUAUCACGACAUCCUCCUCAUUAAAAGGUGCAUUUUGGACUGAAUUUUAUUUUGUAUGCUAAUGGAAAUUAGGGUUCAUAA